AUGUCUGUGGAGUCUCUUGUCCAACUGCUGGAGUCAUACAGAGGAAGAGAUAAACUUAUCAGGACUGUCUGCUAUGGCUCCCAGCUGGUGGGAGGUGUUCUCACCCGGAAAGCAGUAGCAGAUGCGUCGUCUCAGCAACUGGGGAAACGUUUACUGCUGUUUUCUGCUCAGCUCAGCCACUGCAGGACAGUUUUGAGGCUGUUUGAUGAUCUCUCUAUGCUGGCGUACUCCCACAGCUACGGACUAGGGGCUUCGGAGGAGGAUGCGGCCAUUCGCUGGAUAUCGGUGCUGACCAAUGUGGCUGACCAGCUUUACUAUCCUUGUGAGCAUAUCGCCUGGGCUGCGGACGCUGGGCUCAUCAAAGUGAAGUCUGAUAAGUGGUGGUUGUUUAGUACGGUGCUGUGGGGAACCUCGCUGCUGCUGGGGAUCCUCAGAUCCCUUCGCGUUCUGCUGCUGCUGAGACGGAAGCUGAAGAAACACGAUGGGGGCGGAGGAGGCAGCAGACGGUCUCACCUCCACAGGCAGAUACGAAGGGAGCUGCUCUCCAUCCUCAGCAGCAUGGCCGAUCUCUGUAAUGCCGUUCACUGGUUGCCACCAGGCUUUCUUUGGGCAGAACGGUUCCCCAGCUGGCUGGUGGGCUUACUGGGCACCACCUCCUCUCUGAUAGGUUUGAUUCAGAUGAAUAGCAGCAGCAAUGAGCUGUCAGACAGCACAGUGUCGUCUUCACAAUGAGGAGGAGGCGGCUUACGAAUCCUUGCAGGUUUUUGAUCAGAUCAGAGUAUCUAUUUAGAUUUUUAAUUUCUGUCUCAAUGGACUACUAAAGCUGCAGACUUCUGGAUCGGUCUCUGUAGGUGAAUAAAUCCCUCUGCUAUCUUUCAGAAAUAUUUUUAACAUUCUGAGAUUAACCUUUGCUUAAAUGCAAUUUGAAAUGUUGGUUAUGUGAAAAUAACAUUUAGAAAAUCUUCUUUUUAAAGCAGUUUUAUCAAUUUAGAAACAUUUUUAAAUCAUUAACUGAUAAUGGUUCAAUCAUUGUUUCAUCAUCUUUUCGUGCCAUUUCAGCAUUUUGCCGACGGGAGACACUCUGUCUAUAUCUUCUUAUCUUAGAAUAUGAUGAAUAGAAUUGUUUUAUUGUUUGCAAUGCAAACUUAAAUCCACCUACAUGACAAGUUAAUUUCAGUGUUAAGGUUAAAGCUUAUCGUAGAAGACUAUUAAAUAUACAGCUACAUGUUGGACUUUAGGAGAGGUGAGUGAAAAAUAUUUCACUCCUUGAAUUGCAGAAUUAACUGUAAAUAUGAAAAGAUUGCACUUUAAUGUUUUAGGCAAUUAAGCACAUUUUAAUAAGACACAGAAAACCUGAGGAAAUACAAAAAAAACUGUGAUUCUAUAAUUUUUAACUGUAAAAAUGUAAUUAUUUUAGGUUUUAAACCCCUUUGGAAUCAUCUGACAGACUUUUGCUUGUUUGGGGUCAGCAGUGAGUUUGACCGUGGGGCUCUCAGAUGGAUUUGAUUUCUGUCCUUUUUCUUCUUAUUAAAUUCUUGAUAUUUAUCUUAA